AUGAGUUCCGAGGUAUCGGAUGAUUCAGACCUCACUUUUUUGGAGAGCGAAUCUGAUUCUGUCCAAUCAGAAACAAGUGAAGACCGUGAAUUCAUUAUCUCCGACACAGAGGAACUAUCAUACUAUUCAGACAAGUCCUCCAAUAACGGCGAAUCCUAUGGCUUGAACAUUGGUGUAAAAUUCCCAGCCAAAACGAUCACAAAGAGAACUAUUUGCCGCGAUGGUCGCCAAGAGACUCAAUAUCUGGUUUUGUGGUACUCCUGGGAAAAGGAGCGUAUCUCAUAUCGCAAGGAGUGUGAGUAA